GAGUACGACCACCUUCUCGACCACGUACAAUUUAGAAGUCCGGACAUUUCGUUCAAACGGCAUAAGAUCAUGUCUGAUAUUCUCAAUACUAUUGGGCCACGUACUCUCUUAUUUCAAUGCAACUAAGGAUAGGAUUUAUUCUGCUGCUGGAGCUUCGCCAGGGGUAGCUCCUGGAGGAUCAGCGGUGACAUAAACCUAUUCUUUGACCGCCCAGAAAGCAGAUGUUUAUGCGGUGACGAUGAGUAGACUGCAAAUACACCGAGUUCUACUGUUCAAUCAUGAACACUUUGAGUAAACAUGCGUCUAUGGUGCAAAACGCAACCCGAAAAGGGUGGAACAAUAUAGACAUGCUUGAAGUUCACAUAGGUAAUUUGAUUGAUGACAAAAAAGUGGCUCAUUUUUCGAUGUAAGCGACUUUGAGUCUCUUCUAGUGAUUGCAGCAAACUUGGAAAUGCUCGAGCCUUCUUCGCACAUAACUUUGAUUAAUUGUGACAUGAUUUUAAUCAAUCAAGAUCCUACGGCCUCUCCUGCUAGUGGUGUUAGGACGGAAGAUGUUCCUGACAAGUACGAGUACGUCCAUGGAAGCGUAUAG